AUGGAAAAUAAGAAAGACGAGGAAAAGAGAGAAGAGAAAAACACAGAAGGGGAGGGUGUAGAAGAAGAGGGCGAGAGAAGGGGACAAGGGAAGAAGGAUGAGAAGGGGGAGGCGAUGAAGAGAAUGGGGGAAACAGAGGGAGAGGAGGAGAGGAGAGGGAGAGGAGGAGAGGAGAGGGAGAGGAGGAGAGGAGAGGGAGAGGAGGAGAGGAGAGGGAGAAGAGGAGAGGAGAGGAGAGGGAAAGGAGGAAAGGAGAGGGAGAGGAGGAGAGGAGAGGGAGAGGAGGAGAGGAGAGGGAGAGGAGGAGAGGAGAAGGAGAGGAUGAGAGAAGAGAAAGAGAAGAGAGAUAUUAGAGAGAGAAAAAAGCGAAGAGAGGGAGAAGAGAUGGAGGAGGGAAAGAAAACUAAGAGAGAAAAGAGAAUAACGAGAGAAGAGAGAAGAGAGAAAAAGAAGAGCGAAAAGAGAAAAGAGAGAAAGAAAAGAGAGA